UCAUCAUUCCUCUGUCUUUCUCAGGAGGUGAAACGCACCGCGGCUCAGGCACACCUGCUUUUCACCUUUUGGCUCAGCGUUUGUUCCGUUUUCUGACUACAUUAACUUGAAAUACAAACAGGGCUGCCUCGGCUGGGAAGGAGCUGCGUGUUGUCACAUAGAGCUGCCUGUAUCCUGCUCUUUCCUCCUCCCUUCUCUCGGCGAGGGCUGACAGGGAUGGAAGCCCGCGCUGGCCGCCUCUUCAUAGACUCGCUUUUCACGCUUCUCAUCAUUCGCGCUGUAUCUCUGAGGUGGUGAUUGGAAAAACAUGCCGUUGAAAUGGAAAAGCGGUUCGCCCGUUAGCUGGAAAUUUCCCGUACCCGUUCUCAAAACGUCCAGGUCCUCGCCACUGUCGCCCGCAUAUAUUCUGACGCAAAGCAUGCUGGGACUUGGAAAUCCAUGUUUAUGUGUUCUGAAAACAGUGUAUUGUGGCAUGCUACUCGUGAGUAUCGGAUCAGUUCAUCCCUAGACAAAAUAAUGUUUUCCUUUUUUACGGUAAGUAAAUACAUUGUUAAUUUUUCUCCAAUAAACAGCAUUUUCACGUUUUUAACUGUUAAAUUUAAGGUCUUUCUCAGUAAAACUAAUUACAGUUUUCAAUGUAAAUUCUACGGUUAUCACAUGGUCGUUUUUGUUGCAUUUUCACAGUACAUUUUCUAUAAGUGAUUACAUAUAAGGGUACUCAAGACAAAAGAAUUGCAUUUCUCUAAGUGAAAGUAACUUUACACAGGACAAUCCUGUUGCUUGUUUACAUGCCAUACACAUUACAACCCAUACACAUUAUGAGUGAAUGGACAAACGUUUCACAGUGAUAUUUUAGCUACUUUAAAGAUGCCACAGGUUCUUAAAAAAUGGCGGUACUUACAAUCUGCAGCUUUGCCCGUUCAGUCUGGAGGAUUUGCAUUGAAAAAAAAUCCAUUGCUCUCUUGUCUCCAGUGUGGCUGGAAACAGUGUUCUAUGCUGGUCUGUACAGCCAACAACAGAACAGUCAACAUGCUUUGCUUACUUUUGCCAUGGUUUCGAAACUAAUUCAGGUAUGUCGCUUGCAAAAACAAAAAAGGCGGCGGCGCCAUGGGUAGACACGUUCAGAAAAAAGGGGUGUUAAUAUUAUAAUAAGAACCUUAACAUCAGAAGGGGAGCGGAAUCCGAACAGAUCGUUUUCUCACAGGCUUGUAGAGAUAGGCUCACAUCAACAAAGUUUCUGGGUUGUAAUAUUUCACUUUUUUCAGUUGGUAGAUCCACCAGAGACCCUAAUAUAGCACUUAAACAUGGAAAAGGUCUGAUUUUCACGAAAUGGCCCCUUUAAGCUUUUCGUCCUAGAUUUAAAGUCGUCCUUCACCAUAGUCUUUUUAUGAAAAACGGUCUAAAGAGGGCGAAGCAGAAUGCCAGUUAUAUUUAGCUGCGACAACCAACUUCAUAAUAUCAAACCAGUCAUCUCUCUCUCCUCGCUCAUUUGUUAAUGUUUGAUGUGUCAUUAACAGACAAGCCUCGGGUGGCUCCUCUCACAGAAAUGAAUGCCCGGGCAGGGAUCUUGUCCAGGAGAUGAAAAGGAUAUUGGGUUGUCACAGCAGAAUAUGUUCAGCCACCAGCACUCGUUUGUGGUGUGGACCACCCACUCUCUGCUCGCUGCAUCUCCAACCUAUCACCUGACAGGAUCACUGGUAGAGGAUGAUGAUGCUCAGAUGAUGAAGGUGUCACUAGGAUGCAGUGAAAUGGGGCUCUCCACCCACUUGCAGGCCUCAAAAACAGGAAACACACGCUUCUUUACCAGCAACACGCACAGCUCUGUGGUCCUACAGGGAUUUGACCAGUUGAGGAUAGAGGGCCUGCUUUGUGAUGUCACGUUGGUGGCAGGAGACGGGGAUGAGGUGUUUCCUGUUCACCGAGCCAUGAUGGCCUCCUCCAGCGACUACUUUAAAGCCAUGUUUACAGGUGGAAUGAAAGAGCAGGAUUUGAUGUGUAUAAAGCUGCACGGUGUGAAUCGAAUAGGGCUAAAGAAGAUUAUAGACUUCAUUUACACCGCCAAACUCUCUCUCAACAUGGAGAACCUACAGGACACCCUAGAGGCUGCUAGCUUUCUACAGAUUCUGCCUGUCCUUGACUUCUGCAAAGUCUUUCUCAUUUCUGGGGUGUCCUUGGAUAACUGUGUGGAGGUGGGGCGUAUCGCCAACACCUACAACCUCACCGAAGUGGACAAAUACGUCAACAACUUCAUCCUUAAGAAUUUCCCCUCACUGCUCGGCACCGGCGAGUUUGUCAAACUUCCAUUUGAACGCCUUGCAUUUGUACUUUCAUCCAACAGUCUAAAACACUGCAGCGAGCUGGACCUGUUUAAAGCCGCAUGCCGCUGGUUACGUUACGAAGAAGUACGCAUGGAAUAUGCUGCCAAAUUAAUGCGCAAUAUACGAUUUCCCCUCAUGAGUCCAACGGAACUUAUAAAUCAUGUACAGACUGUCGACUUCAUGCGUACGGACAAUACCUGUGUUAACCUUUUAUUAGAAGCCAGCAACUAUCAGAUGAUGCCAUACAUGCAGCCGGUGAUGCAGUCGGAACGAACUGCGAUCCGUUCGGACCAUACCCAUUUAGUGACACUAGGGGGCGUGUUACGGCAACAGCUAGUUGUAAGUAAAGAGUUACGGCUUUUUGACGAGAAAGCACACGAAUGGAAGGCACUGGCACCAAUGGACGCGCCGCGCUACCAGCACGGGAUUGCGGUGAUCGGUAACUUUUUGUACGUAGUCGGUGGACAGAGUAACUAUGACACGAAAGGCAAAACGGCAGUAGAUACUGUUUUUCGAUACGACCCGAGGUACAACAAGUGGAUUCAGGUGGCAUGUCUGAACGAGAAGAGGACCUUCUUUCAUCUGAGCGCACUCAAAGGACAUCUAUACGCUGUAGGAGGGAGGAACGCUGCAGGAGAGCUGGCAACUGUGGAGUGUUAUAAUCCCAGAACAAACGAAUGGACGUACGUCGCCAAAAUGAACGAACCACACUACGGACACGCAGGCACCGUUUACGGAGGAUACAUGUAUAUUUCAGGUGGAAUAACCCAUGACACCUUCCAGAAAGAGCUCAUGUGUUUUGACCCGGAUGCCGACAAGUGGACUCAGAAGGCUCCCAUGACCACGGUACGUGGUCUGCACUGCAUGUGCACCGUCGGUGAUCGUCUUUACGUCAUCGGUGGGAACCACUUCAGAGGCACCAGUGACUAUGACGAUGUACUGAGCUGUGAGUACUAUAGCCCCACCCUCGACUUAUGGACACCAAUCGCGGCCAUGCUUCGUGGGCAAAGCGACGUGGGCGUGGCUGUUUUCGAGAAUAAAAUCUAUGUGGUGGGCGGGUACUCAUGGAACAACCGCUGCAUGGUGGAGAUCGUACAGAAGUAUGACCCAGAGAAGGACGAGUGGCAUAAAGUAUUUGAUCUACCGGAGUCCCUCGGUGGCAUCAGGGCGUGCACGCUGACCGUGUUUCCCCCCGAGGACCUCUCACUUGCUGGUUCACCGAAUCGAGAGUCUCCCCUCUCUGCUCCUUGAGAAUGGACGGAGAGAGAGUAAGAGAGAUAGAGGAAUGAAAGGGUCGGAUGAACGGGUAGAUGGAUUGACAGACAUAAAGAUAAAUUAAUAGAUGCACAUCAGUCUCUCUUGUUCCCUCUCUCUCUCUCUCUCUCUCUUUCUCGCUCUCUCUUUCCACAGGAAAAAGACAAUGUUUGCACUCCCCACUGAUAAACGUCUCAAUGGUGUCCGUGGUGAAACCCCUCUCAUAUUCCCCAUAAAUGAUUCCACUUCUCUUCCUCAUCCCCUAUAUCCUCUACUCUCGGAAGUUAAUUCUGAAAGUCCUUUCCUUUUCCCUCUCUUGGUUAUUUGUUUUGUGAUGAGAAAGAAAAAUGGAACUGCUCCCGUAGUUGGGCAUAAUUACAUCUUAACAUUGCAUUCUGGGGCUUGUUUUGUCUCUCUUUGCAGGAAUAACCUUGACUUGAAAAACAAAUGACUUUGCAAUUCAACUUUUCUACCUGAAUCGCCAGAGUUUUGCUAUGGAGACAUUUUCCCAGUCCCACAUAUUCUGAGGUCACCAAAACCACAACCACCAUGCCCAUUGCUCUCUCUCGCCCGCUCUCUCUCUCUCUCUAUCUCUCUCUCUCUCUCUCUGCAUUAUGACCCGGUUGCCUGUCCACUCUCACCCUAUUUACUUCUGUCCACUUUUUUACCCUUAUUCUCCCUCAGGGGGUUAGCUGACCUUUGACCACAGGAUAAGGACACUGUUUUAAACUCAGGGGUUGGCGUGCCCCCUCUAACUGAUUUCAUUUCUCUACUCCUGCUGUUGUUAUGAACCAUUAACAGAAUUGUGUUUUCUAAAUUUAAUAAAGAUUUUGAGAAAAAUA